AUGGUAGUGAGCUCGCAAUAUAAUCUACAAGAUACUGGACACACGCGAUGGCAAUGGACAUAUUCGUGUAUUGUGAGCCUUGGCUUUAUAAUAUACGGUAUGGAAUCUGGCUGGUUAUCGCCCUUAAUAGAAGAGUUGCAGUCACAAAAUUCUCCCUUGGGAGCUCCAGUCUCGGACAUGGUGGUAUCAUGGUGGGCAACUAUAAUCCCGCUUUGUGGAGCAUUUGUUGUGCCCAUAUGCACAUACUUAGCUGACACUUUUGGGAGGAAACUAUCUAUCAUGGCAGUUAUUUUGCCUGAAAUAGUGUCAAUCAUUAUAAGGCUUGCUCGUCCUACAGUGGUUUCAGUUACCAUCUCUAGAAUAUUCUGCAGCUUCUCUGCUGCAGGCUUCUUCGCCAUUAUACCCGUUUAUAUCAGAGAAAUUAGUCAGGAACAUAUAACAGGAUCCCUUGGGUCAUUAACAAUGCUUUCACAAAAUAUUGGUAUCCUAGUAAUUUAUUUGAUUGGUGCAUUUUUUGAUUAUUUUUAUAUAUUAUGUUUUUUUCUACCCAUUACGAUUGCGAUGUUAUUGUUAAUGAUAAAGGCACCUGAAUCUCCGGCAUACCUUGUGAAACGAAUGAAGAUAUCUGAAGCAUAUGAAACUGUUGCCUUUUUAAGAGGUUUAAAGAUUAAUGACGAGAGAGUGGUUCGAGCGGUGCAAUAUAUGCAAAAACAAGAGGAUGAAUUUAAGUCUUUACCCAAAAUUGGAAUAUUUUCCAUACUGAAAGACAAACCACUUCGUCGUGGUUUUAUUCUGCUAAUUAUGGUAUUCACGACGCAAGCGCUGAGCGGUGGCUUUGCCAUAAUAACGUAUGCAUCUGUUAUUUUGACCUCUAUGGGAACCGAGCCAGCUGUCAACCCCGAAUUGCAAUCAAUCAGUUUGCCAAUCGUAAUGAUCAUAGCGUCAUUAAUGUUGACAAUUAUUGCUGAGAAAUUCGGUAGACGGACUUUGCAAGCGAGUGGGUACUCAAUAUCAGCGAUAACAUUCACAAUAUUGGCUACGUUUAUUCUCCUACAAGACUAUGGCUAUGCCACUCCCAGAUGGCUGCCUAUUGGAUGCAUGGUCACGAUUGUUGCUAUGUACGCAGGCACUAUUCGGCCUUUGCCAUUCAUAGUUGCUGCGGAAUUACUGCAUUUCAGAGUACGUGCAAAAUUAAUGGGCGUGUUAGCAAUGUUAAUUGGGCUGAUGAAUUCUGUUCAUCUCUUUUCGUAUAUCCCAUUGAAAACUUAUCUCGGUCUGUCAGCAACAUUGAUGAUAUUUGGGAUAUGCAAUGUUUUUGGAAUAUUAUUCUCCUUACUUCUACCGGAAACAAAAGGGAAGACAGAUGAAGAAAUAAGAACACUGAUCGAACGUCAAAUGAAAUGA